AUGUUGGACUGCACAAAGGAUGUGAUUCGAAACAAAGACGAUAAUCAUCUAUCUAUCUUUCUAUCUAUCUAUCUAUCUAUCUAUCUAUCUAUCUAUCUAUCUAUCACAUUCUGCUUUAUUAUCUAUCUAUCUAUCUAUCUAUCUAUCUAUCUAUCUAUAUAUAUAUAUAAUAUAUUUAUGGCUCGAACUACUGGACACUCAUAUCUCCGUCAGGGUCUGAACUACUGGACACUCAUCUCUGCCGUCAGGGCUCGAACUACUGGACACUCAUCUCUGGCGUCAGGGCCUGAACUACUGGACACUCAUCCCUGCCUUUCUUUCUUUCUUUCUUUCUUUCUUUUUUUUUGUUUCUUUCGCUUUUUCUUUCAUUCUUUUAUCUUUAUAAAUUUAUUAAUCAAUAAUCCUUUCCUUUAUGAUUCCUUUCUUUGGUUAAUUUUGACGAUUAUUUACGCUUUUCUUUCUUUCUUUCUUUCUUUCUUUCUUUCUUUCUUUGUCAUUAAUAUCACUCUUUUCUUUCUUUCUUUCUUUCUUUCUUUCUUUCUUUCUUAUUAA